AUGAGAGGUGAUAGCAGUGAUCUAGAAAAUGGCACACUACUUUAUCCUAUUCGUGUGGAUUGGCAAACUGUUGUAGAACAAAAUAACAGGCAUUUUUACAUGCAUAUUACUGAAGGAAAUGAAAGUAGUGAAAUACUGCUAGGGUAUAGGUAUCAUUCCGGCAGUAAAUUUAGUGAUAAUGAAAUAGUACUGAGUUGGGAUGAUAAUGAAUUACUAGAAAACUCAUUAAAAGAUCUCUAUUUUCAAGCAUUCGCUAUUAAGAUAGAUAGCAAGAUUUUGUGGCCUGUUGAUGGAGAAUUCAGUGGUUUUGUGCGUUGUCAUGCUCUUCCCAAUUUUGGAAAAUGGAACAAUUUCUCUCCUUCUACUAUUAGUAAAUCAAUGAAGGGUGAUGAACAAUAUCGAUCAAAUUCCUUAAUUUCCACGCAUACAAAUACAGAUUCUAAAUGGAUAAUUCCGUUACCAUCAAUAAAUCAUGACUCUUCCCAAAAUGAAAUAGCUAGGAUAAAGAGGAUGACGAAAAAUAAUAUCAAAGAGGAGUUAGAAAAAAGAUCUCUGUAUUAUGAUGAAAAAAAAAAUCAGCCAGAGUUAAUUGCAGUUUUGAAUGAAAAUAUUGCAUAUGAAACGAUAAAUAAAAUAGCAGAAGCAAAAAUAGCGAUUGACAUAAAUAGC